AUGGCCAAGCAGAAGAACCCUUCGAAGAAGGAACUCAUCGAAGAGAAUCGGGUACUGCGAGCUGGAAUGCAAGCAGCCAUGUUUGCCCCCUCGGGCAUCCUAAAUUGCAACGGAGCCUUGAGCCGCUAUCGAACCGAAAUCAUCAGCGACCCAAUGACCGUUGCGUUCCAAGAAGUCGCCCUGUAA